UCAGAAAAGAGCUGGGUAGCUGACACCGGGAGUCCAAGGAUGACAGCAACCAGGGCCCUGCCUGCUGGUUUUGGGGAACUUGAGGUGCUGGCUAUAGGAAUAGUCCUGCUGAUGGAAGCGCUCUCUGGCAUCAGCCUCAAUGGCCUGACCAUCUUCUCUUUCUGCAAGACUCCAGAUCUGCGGACUCCCAGCAACCUUCUGGUACUGAGCCUGGCACUGGCAGACACUGGGAUCAGUCUGAAUGCCCUUGUUGCAGCUGUAUCCAGUCUCCUCCGGCGCUGGCCACAUGGUUCAGAGGGCUGCCGGGUUCAUGGUUUCCAGGGAUUUGCAACAGCACUGGCCAGCAUCUGUGGCAGUGCAGCCAUUGCCUGGGGACGCUAUCACCACUACUGCACCCGUAGACAGUUGGCAUGGGACACUGCCAUCCCUCUGGUGCUGUUUGUGUGGCUAUCAUCUGCCUUCUGGGCAUCCCUGCCCCUGAUGGGCUGGGGCCAUUAUGACUACGAGCCCGUGGGGACAUGCUGUACACUGGACUACUCUAGGGGUGACAGAAACUUCAUCAGUUUUCUCUUCACCAUGGCCUUUUUCAACUUCCUUGUACCCCUGUUCAUCACACACACUUCAUACCGGUUCAUGGAGCAGAAACUCUCCAGGAGUGGUCAUCUCCAGGUGAAUACUACUCUUCCAGGCAGGAUGCUGCUGCUGGGCUGGGGCCCCUAUGCCCUCCUGUACCUAUAUGCCGCUGUCGCAGAUGUGAGCUUCAUCUCUCCCAAACUACAGAUGGUGCCUGCCCUCAUUGCGAAAACCAUGCCCACAAUCAACGCCAUCAACUAUGCGUUGCGCAGCGAGAUGGUCUGUAGAGGAACCUGGCAGUGCCGAUCUGCACAAAAGAGCAAGCAGGACCGAACCCAGUGAAAUUCUUCAAGGGGCUGAUCACAGUCAAGCCUACCUCUUCAAGCCUGGGCUAAGGAUGCCCCAGGUCAGGAAGAUGCUGCCGUAUACUUCCCAGCCGCCCCAGAAACCAUGCUAGAGACUACUUCCCCACCAGCCUUAAGAUCCCUGUUGAGUGUAAACUUAGGCUGGACCCAAGAAUUCAGAUAAUAGGUUCAGUGAAAGGAGUGUUGGUCACAGCCCUCUACACACAGUCUAAGGGGCUAUGGGAAAGUAACUCUCUCCAACACCAUCUAUCUAAACCCUAGAGUAAAGAAGACAUUGUGGACUAGCAACGGUAUGGUUGAACAGGUUCACAUAUACUCAGCAAGCACAUCAAACACUCACUGAAACAGAUGCCGAUAUGAGCCUUGGCCAUGUCCUAUGUGAAUCCAGUUUUACAAUAAAAGGAGAAAGCCCUGGGAUUUGUUUUUGGAAGUCUGAGGCAGUUGUCUUUCAAAUAGCAUGUACUAAAUUGUAAAGGCACUGGUGACUUAGACUGCCCCUUGCUCUACGUCCCUUGUUGUAAGACAAGAUGACAGAAAUGAUGAUUUGACCCUACAGAUUGGACCAGAACAUGCAGGUUAGGGGCUCCCUGAGUCAGCCAAUAGCACCAGCAUUCAAAAUGAGCCCUUGGUUAUAUGAAAUUGGGAUUAGAUUGCUUUUAAAUGUUAAUUCAUUGUUAGUAUUUAAAAAUUAAAGCAGUUAUUUAACGUUCCAGAUGUC